AUGGUGGCACCUAUGACAUUAUGCUUGGAGUUGCUGGCAAUUGCGUGCCUACUGGCGACAGCAGUUGGUAGAGAGGUCAACCAGUUCCCAGACGGCUUCCUGCUGGGAGCCGCCACUGCCUCAUACCAGAUAGAAGGCGCCUGGAUCGAGGAAGGCAAAGGAGAAAGUAUCUGGGACCACAUGCUUCACGAGCAUCCAGAAUAUGGUAACAACGGGGACAAUGGAGACGUGGCCUGUGACUCGUACCACAAGUAUGCCGAGGACGUGCAGGCGCUCAAGGACCUGGGGGUGACUAAAGUAUACCGCUUCUCUAUCUCUUGGCCUCGCAUACUGCCUAAUGGGGAUCUGGACGUGAUCAACCAGCCGGGAAUCGACUACUACAACAAUAUCAUCAACUUGUUACUGGAUAACGAUAUCCAGCCGCUGGUGACGAUGUUCCACUGGGACUUGCCGCAAGCUCUGCAGUACAUAUGUGGCUGGCCGAAUCCCAUCCUCGCAGACUACUUCCUCGAGUACGCCACGGUGCUCUUUGACAACUUCGGUGACAGGCUGGGCCUGUACGCGAACCCUAUCUUCGUGGACGGCGACUACCCGGCUGUGGUGCGGGAACGUGUGGACAACAACAGCAGAGCCGAGGGUCGACCCAGGUUGCGCCUGCCCAGCUUCACAGAGGAGGAGAAGCGGAUGAUCAACGGAUCUUUUUUUGGAUUUAAUUCGUACGCAACACUAAUGGUGUCAUCUCAAGAGUACGGUAUCUCUCCAUCAAUGCAGCACGACACCGGAGUCUUCAGGAUGUCCAACUACACCUACCCUGUCAGCGCCGCCUUCUGGCUCACGGUUGUGCCAUGGGGUUUUCGCAAAAUUAUAAACUGGGUGUCUACAAGGUACCCGAACUACCCAAUCAUCGUUACAGAGAAUGGUUACGCUGAGUAUGGAGACCUGGAUGAUCAAGAGCGUAUCAGCUACUAUGGCCAAUACCUGGCAGAAAUGCUGAAAGCUAUUAACGAAGAUGGGGCCAAUGUAUUUGGAUAUACAGCGUGGAGCCUUCUGGACAACUUGGAAUGGAAUUCUGGUUAUAGUGUGAAAUUCGGGAUGUACCACGUGGCUUUCAACAGUACUGAGAGGACAAGGACGCCAAAGGCCUCGGCAAGCUUUCUUGCUGGCAUCUACAGGAAUAUGAGUGUACCAGAAGAAUACUUCCAGUAA